GAGAUUCACUCAGACUUUCAGGAGACUCACAGUGAGUUUAAUACAGCAGGAGUUCCUCUAAGUUAACCUGUAUUACUGCAGCACAACAUACUAAACUUCAGCCUGUGUUAAUCAGUAAUCAGUAAACAGCGAUCAGUAAUCAGCGAUGGCUAAAUGGGGUGAAGGAGAUCCUCGAUGGAUUGUAGAGGAGAGAGCUGAUGCCACCAACGUCAACAACUGGCACUGGACGGAGCGUGAUGUCUCUAGCUGGUCCUCAGAACACCUCCGUCAGCUGCUCCUCAGUGUUCGGGUGGAGGGACCAGAGGGAGUCUGUCAGGUGACUGACAUCAACAAACUGGAUGGAGAGGCUUCGAUCAACAACCGCAAAGGAAAACUCUUCUUCUUCUACGAGUGGCAGCUGAGGGCCAAUUGGCUGGGUACAGCCAGCAGUGGAGUGAAGUACAGAGGAACUGUUGACGUGUCAAACCUGUCUGAUGAGAACGACGAGGACGAUCUGGAUAUCUCAGUCUCUCUGUGUAAGGACCAGCCCAGCACGCCCCUCCUGGACCUCAUGAAAAGGGCUGGGAUCAAGGAGGUCCGCAGGGCUCUGGGCGAGUAUGUCCGCCAACUCAAAUCAGAAUUCAGUCAGGGGAUGAUCCUUCCAACUACUGAUGGACCAAAGCAGCCUCCACCUGAAACCACCAAGAAGAACCAGGUGAAGACCAACAAAACCCAGAUCAGCGCCACCACCAAGUGCACCUCAAGCCCCAGCCCUAAGAGCUCUCCUGGCCCUGCUCCUUGUCCCACAGGUGUUCAUAUUCCAACCUGCAGCUUUAACCUGAGGGAAACUUUCCAGACAUCCGCUGAUGAACUCUACAGGACCUUCAUCAACCAGGAGUUCGUGCAGGUGUUUACGCGCUCUGUGGCCGUGGUUGAUGGUCGGCGUGGAGGGAAAUUCCAACUACUGGACGGAAGUGUCAGCGGAGAGUUCACACAGCUGGUACCAGACCAGAGGAUUGAAAUGAGGUGGCGGUUCAAGACAUGGCCCAGUGAGCACUACGCCACUGUCAGUCUGGAGUUGCAGGACCGAGGAGAUGAGACAGAGCUGAAGAUGGAGUGUCAUGGAGUCCCUGCAGGGGAGGAGGAUUCCACCAGGGAGGGCUGGACCCGGUUCUACUUUCAGGCCAUCAAACAGACAUUUGGAUACUGAGAUCCAACAUGGAGAGACUCUGAGAUACUUAAACCUGGAGCUUGUCUGACAAGUUGAAAGGAUGAGUGGCGGUCAGGAUGAGACUUAGAUGACAGAAUAAACUCUCUGAAAGGAGCAUUCCAACAUUUCUCAACAUCUCCAACAGUCCUGCUCUCCUAAGGAAGGAGUCAUAUUUCUGUUAGACCUCACAGAUUUAAAUGGACAGUGCAGCAUUUAAUAGGUCCUGCUCUUCUUUGUGUUCUCCAAGAUCAUAUAUUUCAGGUGGAUCAGUUUCCAAUAAAGUGUUAGGCCUGGCAUCUGGUUAGCCUAGCUUAGCACAAGACUGGAAACAGUGAGAAGUGUGAAAUCCAGCUCCACCUAAACAGAACCAAGCACAAGAUUUUUCAAAAACGUUGUAAAUGUUUCUUUAAGGUUUGACAGGUUCUCUGUGACCGAAUCACUGUGUGAAUAAAUGACUGAUUUUUGUUGUU